AUGUCACUCCGGGAGAUCAAGCACAUAGUGCUGGUGCUGUCAGGCAAAGGCGGUGUUGGAAAGUCAAGCGUUACGACUCAGCUCGCUCUGACGCUCUCCCAGCGAGGGCAUAACGUGGGCGUGCUAGAUGUCGAUCUUACAGGACCAUCAAUACCACGAUUCUUCGGCAUCGAGAAGGAGAAAGUGAGGCAAGCCCCAGGAGGAUGGAUUCCAGUCCCAGUACACGAAGCACAAUCUGGUGCACGCACGAAUGGUAAUGGAACUUCGCGCGAUCACGACGAUUAUAGUACUACAGGCACUGCUGCAGAAGGGCAUGGCUCGCUGCACUGCAUGUCACUUGGCUUCUUGCUUGCCAAUAGGAGCGAUGCAGUAGUAUGGCGCGGACCGAAGAAGACAGCAAUGGUCCGGCAGUUGCUGUCCGAUGUACACUGGGGCUCUCUGGAGUACUUGCUCGUAGACACGCCACCUGGUACUAGCGACGAACACAUCUCCCUUGUCGAGACGCUGCUGAAGGAAGCAACUUCAGAGCAACUUGCGGGCGCGGUCAUCGUCACCACACCUCAGGCCAUUAGUAUCAGCGAUGUGAAGAAAGAAAUCAAUUUCUGCCGAAAGACUGGUGUGAAGAUCCUUGGUGUCAUCGAGAAUAUGGCUGGCUUCGUGUGUCCAAACUGCUCGGAAUGCACGAAUGUAUUUUCGAAAGGUGGAGGUCAGGUCAUGGCGCAGGAGUUUGAUGUGCCCUUCCUGGGCAGCGUCCCUAUUGACCCGAUGUUCAUACGACUCAUCGAGGAGGGCAAGCGUCCAGUCUACCCCGAAGGCACUGUGGUAGAUGGGAAAGCAAUGCCAACGAUCAAUGGACGUGAUGAAGAUGCCUCUUCGGACACUGCUGGCCUUCUGGUAGAGAAAUAUACAUCUUGCUCGUUGCAUCCUCUAUUCGACAGCAUGAUGAAAAAGCUCCUUACCACAAUCGCCCCUUGA